CGCGUACUUCCAUCCAGUGUGGCUGGAAAACCUGGAACCCCAUCAUCUUUGUCCUACAACCGACAACGUCAUCAUUUGUUUGAGGUGCUGUAAACUUUAUUUAUUUGUCUGUAUUAUUACUCCGAACCCCAGGGUUUCUGCUUCUGGACGGAAUCAUCGAUAAUUUACAUCGAUAAUUUACAUCGAAUUGUCAAGAUGCCGCGUACUCUAUUGCUUUGUUUCAUCCACGGAUUCAAGGGUACCGAUAAUACCUUUCAUGAAUUUCCCUAUGACCUCAAGAAAGCAGUCGCCAGAGAACUCCCAGACGAAAAGGUUGAAUCCGUCGUAUAUCCCAAGUAUGAGACUACUGGUGAAUUGGCUCAAGCCGCAGAAGGCUUUCUAGAGUGGCUCAAGGAGCGGGUGAUGGACAUCCGAAAGAAGAAAUCAGAAAAGCCAUGGCCUCCUCAUGACAGAGAUGUAGGAGUUAUUCUCGUUGCUCACUCGAUGGGGGGCUUCGUUGCAGCAGAUACUCUGUUCCUAGCCAUCAACGACAGAGCUAACAAUGGAGACGAGAAUGACCCCUUAUUUCCACUAAUCCAAGGCAUCCUCACAUUCGACACUCCUUACAAUGGCCUUGCCCGCUCCAUGUUCGUAUAUGGCGCCUUCUCCAACUAUCAAAAAGUCAACAGCGUCUUCAAUGUCAUGACUGCUAUAUCUGCCGCUGCACCCGCCAGUCUUGCAAGGCUCAGCGCCCGACGGGCUGCAACCACUGCUGUUACAGGCAGCACACGGGGACCUCAAUGGAAGACAUGGCAGCUUGUAGCUGUUAAAACGGGCACAGUAGGGGCCAUCGCAGCUGGUGGUGUAGCAGCGUACAUGAACCGAGAGGCCAUCAUUCAGGGGAUGAAAAGCAUGAAGAACAUAAACAAGGAGUCUGUUGCCGAAAGCUACCGCCAGGGUAUGGAUGCCCUUGGACAAGGCCUGGCUUAUAUCAACCGCGGAAAUGUCGGAAAGUCUUUUGCCUGGCUCUCGGAUCAUGUCACGUUUGUCGGUGCACUGCUACGACAAAAGGAGCUCAACCGUCGACUUGAACGCAUCGGCUCACUCAAGGGUGUUGGCAUGCAUGACUUUUACUGCUCUCUUGGUGAGAAUGGCUACUGGAGCGGAGGCUAUUUCGUCCCUGAGCGGACAUUCUGUGCUGUUCCUGAGGAGAGUCACUCAGCUUAUCCUAUCUUCGACAGAUGCGUCAUGCCCAAAGCUGAAGAUGAGAUUGAAGCGCAUCUCAACAUGUUCAGGCCUGAGAGACAUCGAGGCUACGAGGAGAUGACGGACAAGUCAGCUGAGCUCAUCAAAGAGUGGUUCCAGAGCGAGGAGAACGUUUUCGAUGAUCCGAAAUUCCGCGAGACACCUCCUGAAGAAACUGAAGAGACCGAGACUACCAAGGAGAUUCUUGAAAAGGAUCCCGGCCAAACUGAAGGAGAUGAGAAGGCUGAGGGCGCAAAUGACAAAGAUAGUGAAAAUGAUACUGGACUUCCGGACGAGUCACCCCUGGAUAUCGCUAACGCUGCCUCCCUCGUACCCCUCCCUAACGACAAGGGUGAGGGUAUCGUUGGCGAUGCAGAUAUCGAGAGCGCUGAUACAGUUGAGAAGCGAACCUACCUCAAUUACCUCUUCGGCGUGGCUCAGCAAACCGGUGCUGACGCCAAAGGUUGGCUCCCCAACAAGAUUCCGCAAAUGCCAAAUCUUCCCAGCAUGCCAAGCAUGCCCAGUAUGCCCAAGGUGCCUAGCUCCGUGUCUUCACUGGGUAAUGUUUCCAUGCCCAGUGUGAGGAUCUGGGGAAAGAAGGAUGGUGAUUCUCAGGGAGAAAAGGAGACUCAAGAGAGUGUAAAGCAGGAAGCUGAAGAGAAGGGUGGCGAAGGCGAGAAGAAGGAUAUCACAGAAGAGAAGAAGGACACAUCAAGUCAAGAGGGGAGCAAGGAAGAACCUAAGGAAAAGGUUGAGGAGAGCACACAGGCCCCUCAAAAGGACGAUGCUGACGCUGAAAAGUGUUCGGGUUAGGUGGAAAGUCUAUGAGGAUGGAAACAUGAUUUUGUUCGCCUGCUUGCUGCUUACUGUUUCAAGAUUAAUGAUCCUUGCCUUCCUAUAAAUUCAAGAGAUAUCACUUUCUCUGCUUUUGAAUAAUAAUCCUAAAC